AUGAGUGAUGUUGAAUCUCUAGAUGACUACCUGGCUCGGUUCUUUGAGAUAAUAAACAACUUGAAAUCUCUAGGAGAAGAUGUAACAGAGAAAAGAAUUGUUCAAAAGUUGUUGAUGAGUCUAAGUAGGAGAUAUAAGUCCAUAGUGUCAAUCAUUGAAGAAACCAGAGAUCUAGACACUAUUAGAGUUGAGGAAGUCUUAGCUUCAGUGAAAGUCUAUGAUAAAAGAGAAGACUUGCAUGAUGAAAGAGAGAAAUACACAGGUACUGAGAGGGCUUUCAGCAGCCUUAAAGUUGGAGGAAAUGGAAAUGGCACUGGAAGUGUCAAAGGGUCUCAGUAUAGGACAAACCCAAAAUGGGGUCAGUAUAAGAAGGGUAAGAAUUGGUCUCAAAACAACUGGAACAAUGGCAGUGGUAACAACUGGAAUAAUGGCAGUGGUAGUGGCUGGAACAACAAAUUUACUGCACACAACAAACAACCAAGUGGCAGCCAAGGAAAUGUGAAACUGCUAUGUCAAGUAUGUGACAAAUACCAUUUUGGUAUAUGCAGAUAUAAAGGAAAACCCAAGUGUGGAAGAUGCAGUCGAUUUGGUCACUUAUCUAAGGACUGUGACAAUGGUAAACAGGUUGCAAAUUGUGCAAAGGAAGAAGAUGCAGUCACAGGAACAAUGUUCUAUGCUUGUCAUGCAAGUUCAAUUGCAUCAAGCAAGUCUGUGUGGUUUGUGGACAGCGCAUGUAGCAAUCACAUGACCUCUCAAGAGUCCUUAUUGAUCAAUCUUGAUAAGUCAGUGACCUGCAAAGUAAAAAUGGGCACUGGAGACCUUGUUCAAGCUACAGGAAAAUGGACACUUGUAGUUGAGACACGAAAAAGGAGAAUAUACAUAAAUGAAGUGCUGCUAGUUCCUGGAUUAGAUGAAAACCUACUGAACAUAGGGCAAAUGAUGCAGCAUGGGUACUACAUUCUAUUUGGAGGAAACUGUGCAUUAAUAUGUGAUGAUAGUAGUCUUGAUAAUGUUGUUGCUAAAGUUGCAAUGACUGGAAAUAGAUGUUUUCCAUUGUCCAUGGAAUCUGUCAACUCAGUGGCAAGGAAAGCAGCAAUACAAGAAGAUCCAUGGGUUUGGCAUAGAAGAUUGGGUCAUUUGAAUUUUACUAGCAUGAAGAAAAUGCAGCAAACACAAAUGGUGUUGGGUUUACCUGAUUUCUCAGAAAAAGAAGGAGUAUGUGAAAGCUGUGUGUAUGGUAAAAGUCACUGA